AUGAUGAAAGACUCAGUGUUAGCACCAAAGAGUAAGAUCGAUGUGAAUACAUACCGUAAACAGCUCCAAUCCUUGGAAGCACUGCGGGCCGGAAAACCAGAACCCAAUUUCAACAAGAAGAAGCGGGUUCCGCCCCCAAACGAGGGAAAGGGCCUGUAUGACCCAGUGUUGGCGCCAAAGAGCAAAAUCGAGAUGAAGAACUAUCGCCAACAGGUCAAAGCCUUGGAAGCUCUGCGUGCCGGAGAGCCAGAACCCAAAUUCAAGAAGAAGAUACUGUGGUGCAGAGAAAAAAACGCUUAUUGGGGGACCGGCUGGGACGAGCAGAAAAAAGCUGAGCGUCUUGAACAUAAAGAGGCACAGGCACAAAAGAACCUCAAAGCCAUCAACAACGCUCGAUCUAGAGCGGAGAAGAAGAGGAAUGACCACGCGAACACUGUUCGAGCUAGGGGCAUGCCAGAAACCUAUUUCAGGAAGAGUAUGCCAGCGGCUGCGAAAAUGAUAGACAUGUGCGAUCCAGAACCACGUGGAGGGCCGAAAAUCACGACUAGAGCGCAGCGAAGUGAAGAUUCCUAUACCGCUAGUGGCUGA